GGGUCCCAUCCUCUGAGGAAAGACGGGUUUGUGUAACUCUGCUCAAACCUGAGGGGGAGUUUGGAGUGUUUGGUCAACGACAGUGGUUCCUGGAAAAGAUCUGAAUCGUUUUAUAACCAAACCCAGCUGCGGUCUGGUGUGCGCUGCAGUCUCUGCAUGCAUGUGUGUGUGUGUGUAGGUUCAUCUGUAUGAGGUAGAGAGUAGAGGAGGGAGAGGAGGAAGAGGAGGGGGUGUCUGCGCUUCCCUUUCCAAAAGAGAGAGAGAGAGAGUGAGUGAGUGAGUGAGGGAGUGAGAGAGAGAAAAGUUUGGUCUUUUUCUCCCCUUCACUGUUUUUUAGGCAUGAACGCCGAGACCUGCGUUUCAUACAGCGAUAUGACAUCCAUGGAUUCAUAUUAUAGCCCCUCUGCAGCGCAAGGUAGGGAUCACCAGACGGACCACUUUAGGACAUUCCCAGCCUCUGACACUAAAUACAGCCCCACUGCCUUCCUGCCCAACAAAGGUCAGGCUUACGGAGAAAAGUCCCGGAGCCCCUUCCAGCAGGAGUGCCAGUCAUUGGAUGCCGCCGCAGCUGGGCAAGGCACUUUCAGCAAAUACCACCUCUUCAUGCAGAGGUCUUCUUGCAAAACACCCCCCGAGGAGAGCAAACUGCACCAGGAGAGUGGACACAACGGAGCGCUCAUCCCCUGCUAUGGUAAAGACAGUUCAGGCCUGACAGACUCUGACUUGGCACCGGACUCCGACCCACCUGGAAUGGACACCAGCUACCUGUCUGUGAAGGAUCAGGGCGUGAAGGCGGCCUCUGAUCGGCCACCGGGCACAGACUUGUCGAGCCCUCUGGACAAGGGUGAUGGCAGCGAGAGCAACAAGGGCAAGAAGAGGCGCAACCGCACAACCUUUACAAGCUACCAACUGGAAGAGCUGGAGAAGGUUUUCCAAAAGACGCACUAUCCUGACGUUUACGCCCGGGAGCAGCUUGCACUGAGGACUGACCUGACUGAAGCCCGUGUGCAGGUGUGGUUUCAAAAUCGAAGGGCAAAAUGGAGGAAAAGAGAACGUUUUGGUCAGAUGCAGCAGGUCCGGACACACUUCUCAACAGCCUACGAGCUGCCUCUUCUGACGCGUCCUGAGAACUACGCACAGAUUCAGAACCCCUCUUGGAUCGGUGGCGGCAGCGCAGCAUCUCCCGUGCCGGGCUGCGUUGUGCCCUGCGACACUGUGACCCCCUGUAUGACACCUCACCCCCACUCUGCCAGCGGGAUGUCUGAUUUUCUGGGUGUCCCAAGCCCCGGAGGUCACGUGGGACAGGCUCACAUGGGCAGCCUGUUUGGAGGACCUCCUGGCAUGGCUACAGGCAUCAACACGUAUGAUCUGAACAUGGACCCUGACCGCAAGUCCUCCAGUAUCGCCGCUUUGCGCAUGAAGGCCAAAGAGCACAGUGCAGCCAUAUCUUGGGCCACAUGAUGUGUUGAUACCCGCUGGAUAGGGGACCUUGUUGACCCCUGAAAUGUCCAUACAAACCCAGCAUGGGGUGAGGGGGCACUAUGAUGAAAAACUCUAGAGGCAACAGUGACUACCUUCAUAAAUGUUGCAAUAAAAUAAUUAUGCAAAUACACGGAUGGGUGAAGAUUACUCCAAGAGAGAACAACAAGAGAUUUGUCCAGAUAAGUGGCGUGGCACUGCCAUGUUUCUCAACCCCUCAGAGUGGGCGAGGAGCUUUGUGGGAAGCCUGGUGAGAGGUGAUGCUGUACUGUAUAACAGGAGUUGCAGUGUAGUACAGAUGAUAGGCGAAAGAAAAUGAUUUCAAACAAAUCCAUGCACUUAUUUGCUAAAUUACAGGAGAUUCUGUUUGUACAGUGCUUUCGGUGUCAUUGUAGUUCUCUGUUCAGGUGCUGUUUUAUUCUUACCUUAUUAUUUAAAUUUUGACUGUUAUUGUUUUGUUUUUUUGUUAUUUUUGCCUCCAGUUGUUUCGUUACUGGUUUUCAUUUGAAAAAUAGUUCAGCAAGCAUCCUUAAAAAACUGAAAUUAUAAUUUAGUUGUUAUAUGCCAUGUACAUAUUAUUCUAAGGCAAUCUUUUUCAGCGUUAGCACAUGCAGAUGUGUGCACCUUCAGUCACACUGUUAUGAUAGUGCUACAGAAAACUGUUUAUAUCCAGCAUAUCUGUCACAUUAUGAAGCUUCUCGGAUUCAAUGCAAACAUUUCAGUUCCUAAAAAAAGUUAAAAGUGGCUCUAAUCUCUAGCAUUUAAAAGUCAAAGAGAUGAAAUGUGGUUUGUUUUAGUGUGGUCAGGGUGAGAGAUCCACCUGCCGCACUGACUCAGCCUGCUGAUGGCCAGAGAGAGGAAGGGAUGGAGGAGGAAGUGGUGUGUGGGAGUAUGAGAGGGGCACAGCAGGCCUGCUGCUCUCAGGGCUGAAGAGCCUGGGAGCGCCAGCCUCCAAAACAGAGCCAGCUCUGUUUUCAGGAGGACAGACUCCAAGUGGACAUGACUGUGCCCCCUUGCAUUUCCAGUCUCAGGAGUUUCAGAGGGAGAAGUGCCUACUAGUCAGUCAUUCUGCCAGAAAUAACAGCGAAAACCAGCAGCAGCCACCUUUGAAACAGAGGAGGCUGGUGGAAAUUACACAGUGUGUUGACACUUUCAGACACUGAAUGGAUGUCAGUGUUCAACAGCCUUCUCUGGACUUAAACAUGUCAUAAUAUCUGACAAACUGCUCAAAAGAAGGCAUCAACCAGAUUAACACAGAGUACAACCGCUAUCGUCUUCAGUAAAGUUUCAGCAACAUCUCAGUUGGAUGUUGCACAUUGGAUGACUCAAAAUAAAAAUCCGCUUCAUCCUCCAUAUUCAGAAGUCCUAUUUUACGACAAACAAAACAUGCUUCUGUCCAUCACAAACACAUCUAACAUAUCUCUGUUAUUCAAUUUUAAGGCAGCAGUGAGAGUCAAGGUGAUUUCUAUUGGAACGUUGCUACAGCUGACAUGCUAAUCAUCAACCAUGCUCAAUGAGCGACUGACACAGGGCCCCAAACUCCCACAUUCACCAAAUGCCAGUUGCUUUUGGGUGAUUGGAUUAACUGCUAAUUUGUGAUUUUGCACCACUAUAGUGCAAUAACGACUGGAUCCUGAAUUAUUAUGUAGUCUUCUGGCCUUAUCUUGUAAAGGGGCUGUGUGUCAAAAUCUAUGUCUAAAAUCUUAAUUAUUUAAUUUAUAUCAUGCUCGCAUUUAAUCAGAUAACUGUACUUCAAAUCAUCUUCAAUCAAACCUGUCUUUAAGGGGAAAUUGGACGCAACAGACAGCUAAUGUUAACCCCAAAUAUGUUAAUGCAGCCCCGGUUACAGAUAAAACUGCGUAGAGUAGAAGAACACACAAUGACUACUGGGAAUCGGCAUGAGUACUCGAUUUGGACCUAAGUAUUUGUUCAACGUAUAACGUAAGCAUUUUUUUUCUCGCUAUUCUUAUAAAAGAAAAUAUAUAAUAAAUAUAAACGUAAAUUGAACCUCUUCUUUAUUUAAGGUUUACUUUUUUUUGGCAGGAUGUAGUGAAGUAUUUGCUAUCAAUGAAUAUCUGCACGGAUCCAAACAGAAGAAAUUGUAGAUAACCGCAGAUAACGUUCAACAUUUUUAGUCAGACAUCACUUGAGCUGACAUAACAGGCAGAAUGUUGACCAGGCAUAAGAGUAAUCUCUGAAAGUAUUUCAACAAAAUAAACAAAAUCAAUGUGCAGCGCAAGCUAUGUAACGUUAAACUUGCGUAUCACAGCUAUUCUCUACAGUCUAUACAGCGCAGAAAGGUAGGCUAACCCUAACCCUAUGUUCUAUUUUUCUUUCACAGUACUCCAAUACUCAAUAAUUUGACGCGAGUACUCGAAUAUAGAAAUUACUUAAAAUGCCCAUCCCUAUUGACUCUGUACCGUCCCAAGGCUUGAGUAC